GAGCAGUGUAGCGGGUGUAGCUGCAGCAGCUGCAGCGUGCACUGCUCACCCAACGUUUUCAAGGGCAGUGGCUCCACGCUUGGCAGCUGCCGAUGGCAUGAGGGACGAGAGCUGGCCGGCGGGUGGCCGCCAGUAUCGCUGCCCGACUGUGGGCUGUGGACGCCUCUUCAGCUCUAAGUUCAAGCUGCUGCGGCACGCGUUGAUCCACGGCGGCGAGCGGCCCUUCCAGUGCCCUUCGUGCGAGCGCCGCUUCCACCGCAAGGACCACCUCAAGACGCACCAGCAGGUGCACGACCCCAACAAGGCGCUGCACACGUGCGCGCUGUGCGGCAAGAAGUACAGCUCUGCGCUCUCUUUCCGCAAGCACUCGGCGCUGCACGCGGCCGAGGCGGGCGACCCCGUCUGCCGGCUGUGUGGCGCCGCGUUCGCGCGCCGCGAGGACGUCCUGCUGCACCUCAAGGUGCACUCGGGUGCCUCGUCGCGGCUCGUCAAGGCGCCCACCGAGCGACGCUUCAAGUGCGACCGCUGCGAGCGCUCCUUCUUCACGCGCAAGGACGUCAAACGUCACCUGGUGGUGCACACGGGCCAGCGCAACUUCCAGUGCCAGUUCUGUCCACAGAAGUUUGGCCGCAAGGACCACCUGGUCCGCCACACCAAGAAGACGCACCAUGGCCAGGCGGCUGCUGCCCCCUGGACGACGGCCUUCGUGCCUUCCUCGGCUGCUGCAAGCGUAGUCUCAGCUGCCACUCUGACCGAGGAGCAGCCGACGUUGCAUCACCACCGCCCACCUCUGCCGCAAGCCAAUCCGACCCUUUUGCUGACGGCAGGUUACUGUGGCGGGCCUAGCAUUAUUGCGGCCCCACCACCGCCAUUGCCGCACUUCAGCCAGGCCUUCCAGUAGAGCUGUUCCUCAAUUGUCUGCUCUGAAAAGCUUUGACGAUGCCUGUCUGGUGCUAUCUUUUUUGCCAGUAUGCACCAGUGAUAAGCCAGGCGUCCCAGUAGACAAGCAAACCCCCCCCCCCCCCUUUUUUUUUUCGUUUAUGUUGUCGUGCUGAAAAGCCUUAACAACUGCAAUCUCUCGCUAGUUUUGCUUCCAGUAUGUGCUGGUCAGUUUGACUGCAAAAAAAAAAAAAAAAAACAUGCUCAAAUGACAGGCCGUGCUGUGCAUUUCGACAUUUUCUUAUCAUGCAUUUCGUCGCACUUUUACUACUGCAGUUCAGUGUUUUCCAGAAGGUAGUUCUGCACCCCAUUUUUCUGAGUCUUGCUACAACUGGUAAAUUUACUGUCAUGUAGAAUAAUUUCUAAACAUGACCCAAUAGUGAUGUCAUUAAUCAGACCAUGGGGCAUAACAGAAGAGUUGCAUCUUGUGUUGCCAAUUUUAAGACUGGGCUCAAAUAGUUUCAGGCCAUGAGCUCUGGUUAUAAGUGCCUUAAAUCUCCUUACUUUAUGGUAUCAACUACCUCAGCAAUGCUGAUUAAAGUCACAAGUGUGCUAUGCCAGUGUUUGUUCUGAAAGAUGUGUCUUUGCAUAUUUGUGAAACAAAGUCGUCCACUUAUUGUAAGGCCUGUGAUGAUAGUGCAAGAGACACAGCAGAACUUCUAGAUCUCUUUAGCCUUGUCUAGUGUAACCAAUCCUUUCCAUACUGCAAUAACUGUAGCAAGUAAAACAUAAAGCACCCAGAUGAAGGCACAUACAUGAACGCAACAAGUAUUUAAUUUGCGUGUGCAUUUUCAUUCUCCUUUUUUUUUUUCAUAAAGUUCUACGUACUGCGGUUAUUACAAUGUCAUAUCAAUUAGCCUCGUUUAUUGUACUGUCGCUGGUUUUAAGGUGUCAGUGUGCAGCAUACUAAGCGAUCAGCAUCUAGGUCAUGGGAGCUUCACUUCCAUCCUAUAUGUAACUUCAGUUGAAAUGCUCAGAUUUGGUCACGUUACUUCAAAAAGCUGUCUUUCAAGAAUGAGAAUUAGGAAGACAAAUACUCACACUCCUGCAUUGUGAGCUCAUGCUUGCUUACUAUAGCAUUCCAAGCAGUUCUUGCUGGAGUCAAGUGCCAAUCACGUGACAGUAGUAGGAGUAGAGGACAUUUGGAACUUUGGAGUCUGGUGCUUAAAGCUAGUUCGGCAUACCAGCACUCAGUUGUCAUUGCCUUUCAGUAUGUCCAAAACUAGCAGACCAUCCGUUUUCAUGCUGGAAUUGGAAUGUCUAUGCAGUCUCUGAGCACAACCCAUUUACAUGCACUUGAUGUGCUGCUACCUCAAGAUGGUGUUAAGUGCCGCAGGAGUGUGUGUUUUUCUCAUACUCCUGUUGGUGGCAAUGCAGAUUGUUUUGCGUGUACCUGAAUAUACCGGUGAGAGUCGAGUCAAUAUUGGCGCAGGGAAGCCCUUAAAAAGAGAGGGAAGUUUAAUUGGUGCAUGCUGAAGUGCAUGCUGAAACAUCAGCAGCCUGCGUGGCAUUCAGGCACCUUCAUGUGUUCAGAUUGCGUACCUGUUUUACUCUGUAGCUCUUUUACACAAGUAUUUUACAAGUCUUUUUAUAUAGCCAUAUAUGUUGCCUUAUACACACGUGCAUAUUUUAUGUUUACAUGAGUGUUGACUACCUCCAGGGGAGACCUGCCUCUACUCCCGGUGAGAUUCCGGUGUCCCCGUUUUCGAGACCAGUGAUGUGUUCAAUUUUGUGCCUUUUCUGCACCCAAUCUUAGCCAAGGAGGGCUUGCGUGCGCUCUGCUUGGGCACCAAGGUUGCAAUAUAUAUAUAUAUGUAUACGGGUCUGAAUCUUGUUUUCUUGUUGUUCCUGCAUUUAUACCACUUGAGCUGUUGUUCUUGUUUCAUAGCUAAGUGGUGUGCCUCAUGCCUAAUGUGUGGCUGAUUUCUUUAUUACCUGAAUAUGCGAACUACAGUCGACUCGUGAUAAUUCAAACUUGGCAAUUCAGCUACAUUUUAUGUUUUUGUUGGCCCGCCAUGUUUUCAGUGCAUUUUUAAGUCUUAUAAUUCGAGUGAUGCUUUUGGUGGCCGUCAGUUUAAGCUCCUUGGCUUCACAUUGCAGAGCGAACUGGCCAGAGUGGCUCCCAAGAGCACACUCACUGUGCCCGAGUGGUCAAAACCUGCCCUAGGUUGAUGUCUCAGGUUGCUGUGCAAGGUCGAGUAUAAUGCAAGAAUUCUUUUUACUUGAUUAUUUUCUUUCACCAGUCAUGACUGGCUGAUCAUGCUCAUAAUGUAGGCAAGGCACCACUCAAGCUGGAAACGAAUUGGGCUAGAAUCGUUAUACUCUCCCAGCCUAUGCCAACCAACACUAACAAAAUGGUGUCCGCAAACCUGUAAUGCAUCUGAGGCUCUGAUAUUCAGCGAUUCUGUUGUAGGCAUAUCAAUUCACACAGUUCAUUCAGACGAUUCUGAGAAAAAAAAUAUGUCCCUUAGUAGUUUGAAUUAAUGCCAAGUCGACUAUACCAUGUAAUUGCAUGUGUCUGAUGUUAGAAAUAUCUUUUGUACCUGACUAGAUGUUACAUGCGUGAAGUUUACAGAAGUUUUAUAAGGAGUGAAGCAUCUGAUGAAUUGCUCUUAAUUUGGUCCUAGGAAGAGUUGACUUGUAGGCUACUAGUUGGUUUAUGAUUGCAGAAGUCACAUAGCACUGUUCCUUUGUAACCAUUUGAUACUUUAAGCUGUUGCAAUAGUACCCGAAUUUUAGGGGAGAUUCUGGGAGCAGCUCGGCUAAGAAACUGACGCAGAUUUGACAAAUGAAAGUGUUACAUGCACUGAUGGCUUGCAAAAGCUGCGAGAAUUGAAACUGUACCUUUGAGUCAUCAUCAUGAUUUAUUUUUCCCUUAAUAAACCCUGUCGGGGCAUUAAACUGGAUGUCGAUUUCACAUCACCGAUUGUCAUGGCAGGAGUAAGUGUUCAAAAACUUCUGACAAGCGAAGGUGGUACCCUGAAAUUGCAAAUGUACGAUGCAGUAUAGGUAAAUUAGUUUUCAUAAAUCUAGGCAAACGGGACCUGCAAAAUGUUCAGAUUACAAUAUUUAGCUAUUACGUCAUAUGGGCACCUUCUGCAUUUACCCAAGUCAUUGGAGCAAAGGUAGAUUACUGAAAAGACUCAUCUGAAAAAGAUUUGCGUAGCUUUGCACUAGUGGCACAAGGCUAAAGAAACGGCGGAACUGAUUGGUGCCUAGCACUACGAAGUCAUCUCCAGCAUUUUCCGGAAUUUAUUGAUUACCUAUUGAUUGGCUACCGCAAGGUAUUGGCCACGUAUUUGGGCUAGGCUGAGCACUACCAAGUCAUCCCCAGCAUUUUCAGGAAUUUAUUGAUUAUUGAUCGAUUACCUAUUGCAAGGUAUUGGCCACGUAUUUGGGCCAGGCUAAGCACUACCAAGUCACCCCCACCACGUUCAGAAAUUUAUUAAUUAUUUGUCAAUUAUCAAUAAGCCAUGUAUUGACUAUCGCAAGAUCAUCAUCAUCAACUUAUACUUAUGUCCACUGCAGGGCGAAGGCCUCUCCCUGUGAUCUCCAAUUACCUGUCUUGCGCUAGCUGAUUCCAACUUGUGCCUGCAAAUUUCCUAACUUCAUCACCCCACCUAGUUUUCUGCCAUCAUCGACUGCGCUUCCCUUCUCUUGGUAUCCAUUCUGUAACUAAUGGUCCACCGGUUAUCCAUCCUAGAGCACUGCACGGGCUUGGGCUUACC